AUGCUUGAAAUAAAAGAUAAAAAUGGUAAUAAAGUUCAAAAGAGUAACCUGAAUGAUGAAAUAAAAAUAAUUUUUACAGAUUUAGAUGGGACUUUAUUAAACAGUGAAAAUAAAAUUUCUAAAUUAAAUUUGGAGAGUUUACUAAAAGUAAAAGAGAAGGAUGUAAAAAUAGUGUUUGCAACUGGUCGUCCUUUGUACUCUGUUGAAGGAAUAAUUGAUGAAGAACUUAAAAAACAUAACAUAAAUUUAAUGCCAGGAAUAUAUUUAAAUGGUUGUGUUACUUAUGACCCCAAUGGAAAGAGAAUUAUUGAUAAUGUUAUGAAUGAUGAUAUAAAAAUGGAAAUACAUAAUUUUUCAAAAAAAGAAAAUAUAUCACAAUAUUUCAUAUGGUAUAGUAUAGACGCUACUUACUGUUUUUCUAUGAACGAUUCUAUUCGAGAAUAUAUAGAAGUAGAAUGUAUAACACCAAAGGUGUUAAGUGAAGAAGAAUUUAAAAAAUUGACAGUAUAUAAAGUUUUAAUGUGUUUGAGGGAAGAUAAUUUAUCAAACAUUUUAAAGUUAUGUAAGGAAAAGUUUUCGCAUAAACUUAAUGUAGCUAAUACUUUUAAGUGUUAUAUUGAAAUGUUUAAUUGUAAUACAAAUAAAUUUGAAGGGGUUAAGAAGAUAUGUAAAUUUUAUAACAUAAGUUUAAAUAAUGCUUUAUCAAUUGGAGAUGGAGAGAAUGAUAUGGAGAUGUUGGAAGGAUUAGCUAAUUCAGUAAGUCUGAUCAAUGCAUCAAAUAAAGUUAAGUCAAGUGCAAAAUAUAUAGCCCCUUCAAAUAAUGAUAAUGCCAUAUUUCAUGUGUUAAAGACCUUCUGCAAUAUAUAG